GUUCUUCUCUCUGGUCCCUCCAUAGCCACCACCACCACAAGCUCGUUGAGCGAGAGAGAGAGAGAGAGAGAGAAAGCCAUGACGGGCUGUGUGAAUUCUAUAUCUCCACCGCCGAUGACCUUCCACUCGCAUCUUUCCUCUCCGUCACCAGUUUCACGGUCAUCCUUUUCUUUUUCCGGCGAUUCCGUCCACUCUCUUUACCGGUUCCGGCGUGUUACCAGAUCUCCGUCGGUUAUCUCCCCCAAAUUUCAGAUUGUUGCGGCUGAGAAAGCGAAGCCUUUGAAAAUUAUGAUAUCAGGAGCUCCUGCUUCUGGUAAAGGUACACAAUGCGAGCUGAUUACUCAAAAAUAUGGUUUGGUGCAUAUCUCUGCUGGAGAUUUGCUGAGGGCUGAAAUAGCUUCUGGAAGUGAAAAUGGAAGACGAGCUAAAGAAUUUAUGGAGAAAGGACAAUUGGUCCCUGAUGAAAUAGUUGUAAUGAUGGUAAAAGAUCGUUUGUCGCAGAAAGAUUCAGAGCAGAAUGGAUGGCUUUUGGAUGGAUAUCCUAGGAGUUCAUCACAGGCAACAGCUCUUAAGGGAUUUGGAUUCCAGCCUGAUCUAUUCAUUGUCCUGGAAGUUCCUGAAGAUAUCCUAAUUGAAAGAGUUGUUGGGCGUAGAUUAGAUCCUGUCACGGGAAAGAUCUACCACUUGAAGUAUUCUCCUCCAGAGACAGAAGAAAUUGCUUCUAGACUCACCCAACGUUUUGAUGAUACUGAAGAGAAGGCAAAACUGCGGCUGAAGACUCAUAACCAAAAUGUGACAGAUGUGCUUUCUAUGUAUGACGAUAUAACUAUCAAGAUCGAGGGAAACCGUUCAAAAGGUGAAGUGUUUUCCCAGAUCGACACUGCUCUGUCUGAAUUGCUUCAACAGAGAAACACCGCUCCAAGUUCACUCUUAAGUUAAAUCAUUCUUGGUACAAACCUGAGGAAGUGUUUGCCCAGAUCGAUACUCCUCCGUAUCCAUUGCUUCAACAGAGGGACAAUUCUCCAAGUUCACUCUGAAGUUAAACCAUUCUUGGCAAAGACCUAACCAGUGGUAAAUAUCCCCUAUCACAUUCAUCAAAUUUGCUCGAUAUCACUUGUAUCGCAAGAACACUCUUUUUUGUUGUUAGUAAAACAAUGUAUGUCUACGUCAAACCUCAGAAAUAUGCAACCAUUCUUGUAAUCUGUAGAGUCACUGAAUAUAAACCAUUGUGUUCUCUUGUUACAAUCAUGAAGAAUAGAACUGAGGUACUAGUGAUUGUAGGACUUUUGAAAUU